UUUUCUUACCUCAAUGCAGCAAAGGAGAAUUUUGUACUUAAGCUGACAGAAUCAGUGCAGUUUCCCCAUCCUGACAUAAUCUCAAGCCAAGAAACUUCCUUGGAGAAAAGUAAGCCACAAGAGGGCGAAAUUAAUGUCUUUGGAGCUGAGAAAUACUUCAACAUGAAACUGGAUGAUGAAACUUCAGGAAGCAUGAAUUCUAAUAAAGGCAAGUUUGUGAAUGAGACCGUAGAGAACCGGGUUGAUUACAACAGGUUGAGAACAAAAGGAAGGAUUGGAACACCAAGUGAGAGUUCUGAAUCAAGUUGGAACAGCCAAGAUGCUUUAUUACCAAGUUCCUGGAGAAACUUAUCUUAUGGCAGACAAAAGAAAGUAAAUGAAAGAUGGUUCUUUCCUGGUUUUGGCUGCAAUAGAUCUUGUUCUGAUAAGAAAUCGGUUUAUAUUGAUACAAAUAUUAAUACUUGUCACAAUCCUAUCAUGUCGGAGGCAAGAAAACAAUCUCAACCGAGAUAUCCAGUGAAAGACGAGUUUCGCAGCCCAGGUUUUGAAAAAAUGAGUAUUGGUUCUAAUACAGAAGACUAUUAUGUACUACCAACAGUAAACUCUGGAGUGCACAACUUAAAAAUUAAAAAAGAAAAGCAGAAGAAAACUAUCCAAGAAGACCCAAGAAAAUCAUUAGAUGUGUUUGGAUCUCAUUCUCAUAUGCUAAAGAAAGAAGAUGUAGCAACAAAUUUAGAGAGGAUUUAA